AUGGCUACAUCUCGAGUCUACCUUGGCCGACUGCCUCCCGAUGUACAGAGGACUGACGUCGAGGACCUCUUCAAAGGAUUCCCUGUGGCAGACAUCAAGCUGAUGGGAGCAUUCGGAUUCUGCGAGUUUGAAGACGCAAGAGAUGCAGAAGACGUCGUCAAGAAAUUCGACGGCUCUGAAUUGCUCGGCGAAAGGAUUCAAGUCGAGCAUGCCAAGGGCGGCAAGCGUGCAGCCUACGACCCUUACGGUGGAGGACGAGGAGGUUACGGCCCUCCUGGCUAUGGAGCUCGACCCGCGCCUCGCAUCCGAAGGGGUGCUUACCGAGUCCUCAUCAGCAACCUCCCUCCCAAGACGAGCUGGCAAGACCUCAAGGACAUUGGACGUGAGGCAGGUCAAAUCAGCUUCGCAGACGUUGACCCCGUCCGACCUGAUGAAGGUGUUCUCGAGUACGAAAACAAGGAGGACAUGGACCGAGCUCUGGCCAAGAUCGAAGGUCUCGAUCUGAGGGGCAACAAGCUGCGAGCUGACCCUGCUCCUGCCCGAGCCCCAUCUCCUCCCCCUAUGGCUGGCCCACCUCGUGGAAGGUACGACGACUACCCGCCUUACGGAGCUCCUCCUCCCUCUCGAGGCGGCUAUGGAGGUGGCAGGGGCGGAGGCUAUGGUGGAGGAUACGAUGGUGGUAGGGCAGGAGGCUACGGCGGUGGUUAUGAUGGCGGUCGAGGUGGCUACGACGGCGGACGGGGCGGCUAUGAAGGUGGUCGAGGUGGAUACGAGAGUGGACGCGGCGGUUACGACCGCGGUGGCUACGACCGCGGACCACGAGACUACCCUCCUCCCCGCAAGGCCUACCCUCCCCGUGGCGACUACCCAGAGGACAGGUACGACCGACGAGCAUCCCCUCCUCCCAGGCGCGACGAGUACGACUCUGGCAGAUCAGACUCGAGGAGGCCUAGAGAUCCUCUUCCUGAGCGAGAGAGGGACGUUGAGGCCUCUCGUGAGCGAAGCCGCUCUCCUGCCCCUCGUCGCGGCGACGACAGGGAGUAG